AUGGGUCGCUCACCAUCACGAUCCAGCGAUGGAGCUGAUUCCGCGCAAAAUGCGCGCGUCGAACCGCGUCUCCUUAAGGCCAUCGAGGACAGUAAACACGACGAUGCGAUCGCGAUUAUCGAGCAUGCAAAAACGAAGUCGCAACCCGUCGACCACCUCCUGCGCAUAGGCUUGAUGCGCGCAGCCGAACGCGGAAAUAUCUACAUCACCGAAUACCUGCUCAAGAGCGGCGCGAAGCCCGACGGCGCACCGGGUGGCCGAGUCUCGCCUUUGUUCAAAGCGAUUGAGAAAGAGCGUGUCGACAUUGUACGACUGCUGUUGAAGUUCGGCGGCAACGUGGAUGCGCAAGACAAGCAGGGACGGACUGCGCUGAUGACGGCUGCAUGGAAGAACUACUACCACAUCAUGCAAGAACUGCUUAGGUAUGGUGCCGACGUCAACAAGAAGGACAACACUGGGCGGAACAUAUUACACAACUUGGCGGCAGACAAGCACUGCAACUGGGGACGCGAUGUCAUCGCGGAGCUGUUGAAGCAGAAUAUCGCGAUCGAUGGGCCAGAGGGCCAGGACGACCAGAAGCGCAGCCCGUUACAUUGGGCUGCUAGUACUGGCAAGAAGGAGCUAUGUGAGAUGCUCUUGCGUCGAACGAGAUUGCCGAGAGCGAAUGUGAACGCGGUGGAAGUCAGGCAGAAGACGGCACUACAUCUGGCAGUCGCACACGGGCGAGACGACAUCAUCGAGCUUUUACUAGUCAACGGGGCAGAUGUAGGCGCGCAGAGCGACGGAAGCUGGACGCCCCUUCACAAUGCUUGCGACCAAGGCAGUGUAAAGGUGCUGAAGAUACUCAUGGCUGCCGGAGCGGACGUCAAUGCGCGAACACUCAACGGGACGACACCUUUACACGUUGCGGCGCAAGCUGGUCACUUUGACGUAGUCAAGUGUCUUUUGGAAAGGGGAGACAUCAAACGAGCGCCGAAGGAUACAUUUGGUAUCACGCCAUUCUUGCGCGCUGCGCAGAGCAAGAAACCUGCGCGCAAAGAUAUCAUCAAUGCUCUGGCACCCCACAACCAGGUCGAAGCGCUCAGCGAAGAUGCCCUUGGCGCUACAAACGGGUUCCAUGCUACUAUCGUUGACUUUGGCAACUUCCACAACGAGAACAAGGUCUCAAGAAGGACUGUCUUUGAGCUGCUGUAUGGCCGCGAUCCCAUCAAUCCAAGAAAGCCAGCCGUUGCGAUUCUACCCAAGGAAUCAAAGGCGACAACCUUCCGAUGGAUACAUCUCCCUGCCAAUAACAUGGCCUGGGUCGAGGCGCUACUCACAAAGGCGUUCAUCGAGGAGGGUGCCAGCGAUGUGGAGGGCUUCAAGGCGCUCGAACGGUCCUUCAGUCAUCAGCAUCGAGGACAGCAGAUUCAUUCGCAUUUCAUGCGACCGCUGUGUCAAAGCACACCGCGUGCACCAAAACAGCACGAUGAUUCCGAUCUUUCCGACGGCGCUGAUUUCAUACCCCAGAUUCUGGUCAAUAGCGGUAUGGGCUUAGGUAUCGAUGCGGUAGCUGGUUCACAAGAACUGCCAACGUCGCAAUUUCCUCGCACGCCUGUGCGGACCAGUACCGUGGAUACAGACUAUACGGAUGGGACUGCAGGAACGGGCUCCGGACCUACAACUGUUAAGGAAGGAAAGAGUAAGGCGAAGGACAAAUCGAAGAAGCAACCGAAGUGGAGUGGAUCGAGACAAGCAGGCAAGCGAUCAGGUGGGACGGACACACCAACCAGAGGUCCAGAACACCAGGCGAAACGAACGCAUACUAGCUCUUCUCUCAACAACAGUGGCUAUCUCAGGUCACCCGGCAGCCCGGGUAGAAAAGAUCCAACAGCCGUAGCGAAAGGCAACAUCUUUUCCUUCAUGCCAUACCUACAUUUCGAAACCGAUCGGCGGCGGCAAGAAAUGCAGGCUGCGAUCUCGAGGACGCAGAAGAUGAAAGAGCGGGAGAAGAACGAUGGUGGCACUUCCAAGCCACAGUAUUACCGCGCAUCAACUUAUGACGAGAUGCUGUUUAGGGCUCACUUGACAUCCUCACAAGUUUCGCUGCACGUGCGACGCACGCUCGAUCAGUUCUUCUAUCACAACAUCGACACGCAAUCCCGAGAUCGAGACCAAGUCGUCUAUCGAUAUCAAUGCAAGUCGAACGAGCCGCAACAUGUUGACCCGAAGAUCUUCAUGGUCGAUCAGUUGUGGAUGUGGACGCUUGGCAAAGACUUGAUCGUGACAGCCUUCCCUCAAAGAUGGCAGCAGCCUCGCAACGACCCGCUCAACGUCCUGGAUGGAGUCAUUGAAGACAUCAAUAGCAAGACAAGAGAUCCCGUGCGUAGCGUAUACGAUCUUGCCAUGAUCAUUACCGGCCGGUGUAGUGGCGUGUUCGACAGACAUCGCGUUGGCGACGAAGACUAUCAGUUUCUCGACAUGUUCGAAUCAAGCAUCGUGCCGGAAGAGGCAUUUGACUACGGUGACAGCGAUCGAACGGCUGCCCAUGCACCUCUCUUUGUCGAUAAAUUACUAGACAUCGGCGCCGAGACAGACCUGCUAGCCGAGACGAAAGACAUUCGCGACGAACUCAACAUGAUUUCAAAGGUGCUGGAAGAUCAACGCACCAUACUGCCGGACAUGGAGACGAGCAUCACGGACAUAUAUCGUGAAGAACACAAGAGUCAACAGGAACUCAAGAAGCGAUUCAAGGAUAUGACGAAGACAGUAGACACACAUAUCAAGGAUCUCGAACGCAUGGACAAGCAAGCCAAGCGCAUCUACGAAUCCAUCACCGACCUACUCGAUCUAAAGCAGAAGCACGCCAACGCAUUCGAGGCACGCUUCGCUCGCGACCAAGCUGCCGGUACAGCAAGACAAAGCCAGACCAUCAUGGUGUUUACCAUUGUCACCAUCAUCUUCCUCCCUCUAUCCUUCAUCGCAGCCAUGUUCACAAUCAACAUCCAAGAAUUUCCGCAUCGGCCCGGUAGCGACGAGCCUUCGCUUCCUCUCUCAUUCGUCAGCAAGUACAUGUUCGGCAUCGGCUUCGCAAUUUCCAUCCCGUUCAUCGCCAUCGCGCUCUCAUUCGACGCCAUUGGGGAUUUCUUCCGCGAAGUCAAACGCCGCUUCCGCGAGCGCAAGGCCCAGAAUCGCCAGAGCCGGCGCGAUACCGACGCUUACAGCGGUAUCGAGAAGACUGACUUCGAGUACCCCUUCGAUACGCGCACUAUCGAGCAGGCUCUGAGUCGCGGGCGUAGUACGGCAUACCGCCCCGACGGCAGGCGCAGCAUCGAAAGCUAUCUUGGCAGUGCGAGAGCGAAUCACUGGGGUGAUGGUGGCUCGUUGCUUCCGGUUGCUAGUCGCAGUACGGGAAGGAGUCCGGAGAAGGGGGCUGUGAGGAUUACGAAUGGGUUGAAUGGCACGGCUGCGAUGGCUAACCGAUUGAGUGUGGAUAGGGCUGAGAGGCAGAGUCCGAUUGAGAGGAUUAGUACCGGGUUUAGGAUGAGAGCAAGUGGGGAUUUUGAACGCGCGUAG